UGUGUUUAUCGGCUGGGUACAGGAUCUCGGAGUAAACAACCUCCCACGGAUACUUAUGAACAUGAUGUUUGUAAUUUCCAGCCUCAUUUUGCUUGUAUUACUGAAAGACUGCUCAGGUCAGGUAAUCGAAGGAUGCGGGCUAGACAGUCCUAUGGAUGUGGAUAUAAGCAGAAAUAUUUUCAAAUGCCAUCUCCAGAUGCCAAACCAAUGUGUGUCCUGGCACUUUCAGAAAGCAGCGAGCAGACAGUUGAUUUCUGUGUCUUGUUUUCCAAGCAUCAACCAGUUCACCACAUACCUAGAUAAUGCCGAAGCACGCCGAUACAACGACACUUCCAGCGUGCUUGAAGUCUUCUCAACAGAUAUGUCUGACUUUCUGAGCAUUACUUGUAGAGUAUUCGACAAUAUAGAUACCUACCGGUCCAUGUACAUGAACGAGUACACUUGCAGCUUAACCAAGAGAGAUUCGCCAACCUUCUCGUGCAGUUUGCAAAGACAAGCGGACAAUUCCUUGUCAGUAGUUUGUUCCAUUCUAAACAUUUACAUACGAAGCCGAGACUACAGUUGCGAAUUGACUGCGAGGUUUCAAGAUGAUACAACCGAGGUUUUGAGCAACCCUACCUUCAUAAGAACGGAACCAGGAGGAGCCACCGACGGGGGUAGUUGUAUGGCCCAUAAUUUACCGAAUCCAGACAACAUACGAAAUGUGGAAGCUACUCUUCUUCCUGAUAACAUAAAAGCCAUCGCCAUUCUCGAGUAAAGUUGUUGUACAAACCUUUACUGACACCUUCCCUAGUCAGCAAUCUGUUGUUACUGGAGAUGUAAUAUUAAACAGAUUCAAUAAACUAAAAAAAACUUUACGAUGAUGGUUUGUCAAUGUCUAAAGCAUGGAUGUUUUCAUGAAGCUAAAGAAGACAGGUCAGAAAUGCUUAAAAUUACAGUUUAUGGUAUAUUAAAUGUUUAU